AUGUCAGACCGAACAAUCCGCGUAACACUCUUCAAAAUCCCAUCUCCGGCAAACGUACAAGCAGCCCUUGAGAUCUACAAAGACCUCGCAAAGAGCGCCGUAAAAGACGGCAAACCCUACAUCCUCUCCCUACAUGCCGGACCCACGAAGGAUGAUCAGCGGAAUCAAGGAUACACGCUAGUUGCGAAAUCCGAGUUUGCGAGUGAGGCGGAUAUGUGGUAUUAUGAUACGGAGGAUAAAGCGCAUCAAGAGUUGAAGGUUAAGUUGAAGCCGUUGGGGUUGGAGGGCAUGAUGAUGGUUUAUUAUCAGCCGGAGGUUGUGUCUGUUUUGUGA